UUUGUAACGUACAUGACAUUACACAUGUCUUCUGACGGCUGUCCUCUACAUCUAAUCAUUCAAAGUGCGUGAUAAUACUCGAACCAGUACUGACAGCAAGCAAAGAGUGAAUUGAACUGAAUGUAGGGUCUCUGAAGAGGUGAACAUGACUGCUCGAGGAACACCGAGUCGUUUUUUACAGAGCGUUCUUCACAAUGGAGUGGGUCGCUAUGUCUGUCAGCUGAAGCGAAUAUCUCUGAUCUUCUCAAAGAAAGGCCAGGGCUCUUUAGGAGUCAGGGAUUUCAUUGAGGAAGGUGUGGUCGACUUUGCCAAGAAUAACCCAGGGACUGUGGUUUACAUCUCCCCUCAGUCCUGCAGAAUUCCAAAAAUAGUAGCUGAAUAUUUGAAUGGUAAUGUGAAGGAGGAGACGGUCACCAACAAAGCAUCACAGGAAAUUGCAGAACUUAUAACCAAGCUGUCCAACCAGUCAGGACUGGACAUCAUCCGCAUUCGUAAACCCUUCCACACAGACAGUCCUAGUAUCCAGGGCCAGUGGCACCCCUUCACAAAUCGACCCCCCAGCAUUGAUCCAGUUGGCCCACAGGCAAAAUAAGGACUUUGCAUAGUAUUUAUUCUCUGACUGAUGUUCUGACCUAUUGGAGGAGCUCUGAACAAAAUCAACACACAUUCAACAUGUUUUCAGCUGUUAUUAGACUUUUAAAAUGAUACUUUUCUGUUUGAUUAUGACAGAUCAUUUGUGGCUUGAUAAAGUUUACAUAACAAUGAAAUUGUGCUUAAAAAAGAUUCAUUGUUUUUCACAUUUAUGUUGGCCUCGUAUAAUGCCCAUCCCCUAAGAAAUAUAACAUUUCCUCUGAGAAAUAAAGUUUUGAAAAUAU